AACUAAUAAAAAAAAGAGAAUUGUAAGAUACGAUAAGAGCGAUUCAACGACCUGCCAACCGACUUUUACCACUUCCGCAACUAAUUGUAAAGGUAUCCGCGCAUUGUCAAAUCAUGAGAACUGAUUCUCUGUCUAUACUUACUCUUACUUUACAAUUUGUUGUUAUUUGUUGUUGUUAUUAUUUUUAAAAUGUUUUUUGCAUCCACUUUCUCUGAUACUCCAUUAUGUUCCUCAAUAAAUUUAUUUCCAUUAAGCCCGUAAACUUUUAAAUUACUCUCCUAAAAGAAGUUGUAAAAAAAGAAAUUAAUGAAUAAAUAAAUAAAUAAAAAAAAACUGAAUAAAAAAAGAGACAAUAAAUAGGCGAAUGUAGAAAGUAAUGUAGUGGGGGUAAAUAAAUGGUUGAAUUUAAGCAAAAGUAACAAUUGCUUUCCUCGCGCUCAAUCUUCUUGGACCGUAAAAAUAUUUUCAUAUCAAUUUCAUCUAUUUUAUCACCGACUUAAAUCAUACCAUCGCGUGUGUUAGAAUAGUUUUAGAUCAUUCAAUCUUAAGAUAAAUAUUUCAGUGAAGAAAACAAUAAAAUUUCUCCGAGCAAAUAUUUAAACAAUAAUACGUGAUGCUACUUUGUUUCAGACAAGAAUAAGUGAUUUAAGAAUGGUAUCAUAUGAUGAAGCGGUCGUUGUGAGAAAUGCAGUGAAGAAAUACGGAAGUGGCAAACCAAUUUUCGAUGGACUGAAUAUGUCAGUGUCACAAGGUUCUAUAUACGGACUAUUGGGAGCCAGUGGAUGCGGAAAGACAACAUUGCUGUCGUGUAUCGUGGGAAUCAGUUCACUUGACAGUGGAGAAAUCUUUGCGCUUGGUGGGCAUCCGGGCAGUAAAGCAUCAUCAGUGCCCGGUCCUAAAGUCGGUUAUAUGCCGCAGGAAAUAUCUCUUGUAAAAGAAUUCACAGUUAUUGGUGCACUGUAUUAUUUCGGACGAAUUAACGGAGUUGAAGAUCAUGUUAUUGACGAGCGUCAUGUCUUUCUGGCAGAGUUGCUUCAGCUGCCGCCUAAAAAUCAACUUAUAAAGCAGAUGAGCGGCGGACAACAGCGUCGAGUUUCAUUUGCUUGUGCGAUGAUUCACGAGCCAGAGCUUUUAAUUCUUGAUGAACCCACCGUAGGACUGGAUCCUGUUUUAAGGGAAAAUAUUUGGGAUUUUCUUUAUGACUUAACAAGGCACAAAGGAGUGACUGUUAUUAUAACCACACACUAUAUUGAAGAGACAAAACUUGCUGACAAAAUAGGACUCUUGAGACAUGGAAAAAUGCUGGCAGAAAUGUCGCCGAAUAAAUUGUUGGCCAAGUGUCGCUGUGAUACUCUAGAAGAAGCUUUUUUAAGAUUGAGUCAAAAGCAGAAUGACAGUGAAGAAGAAAAAAAAAGAAGACAAAUUAAUGCAAGUAAUGAGUAUCUUACUGAGCUGGAAGAAAUUUCACAUUUUAGUUUAGAUCAAAAUGGUAAUAGAACUAGAAGACACUCCGCUUAUAGAUACUCAACAAAUCCUGCUUCACCAAUUCCUCACAAUUUGCAUCCUGUUAAACAUAAUAAUAAUAAUUUUAAUAUUAAAUUACGCUGGCGUCGAUUUCAAGCGCUGAUGAUUAAAAAUUUCAUUCAAUUUGUUCGUCAUCCAGGUGGAAUUUUAUUUUCGUUGGCUUUUCCUAUUCUUCAGGUAAAUAUUUUUUUCACUGCUGUCGGUGGUGAUCCCCAAAACCUCAACAUAGCUGUUGUUAAUUACGAAGCUGGGAAUUGUCAUUCUGGCAAAUAUUUGGGAAGAGUUGAUUACUCAUACGAACAACGGUAUUGUGAAUUAACUGACAUCAGUUGUCGUUUUCUUGAUGGCUUUCAUCGUACAAUUGCUAAAAAUAAAUUUUACAGUGAUAUAAACACCGCGAUGGACUCUGUAAGACACGGAGAGACAGUCGGUGCUAUGUUUAUAGGUAAAAAUUUCUCUAUGGGUUUACGUGAGCGUCUUAAGUUCUGGGAAGGCAAAGAAGUUAAUAGCGGAGAAAUCGAUUUGACCCUUGACAUGGGAAAUCGUCAGAUCGGACUCUAUGUUGAGAAGAGUAUUUAUGAUAAAUUUUUAAUUAUCUACCAGGAUAUUAUUGAAGAGUGCAAUUUAACACGAAGAUUGAUGAACGUGCCUCUAAAAUUUGAAGAUCCUAUUUUUGGUGAAGAAAAUCAGUCAUAUACAAAAUUUAUGGCUCCAGGAUUUUUGAUAACAGUGGUUUUUUUCCUGGCUACUGCAGUAUCUUCAUCAAUAAUCCUGGCAGAUCGUCAUGAAGGAGUUUGGAACAGAAGUCUCGUUCAAGGUGUUACAACAUCUGAGAUUUUAAUAUCACACUUGCUGACUCAGAUAACAUUAGUUGUCAUCCAAGUAACUUUAACGAUUUCUUUUGCUUUUACGCUGUAUCUUGAAUGCCACGGAUCACUUGCUACACUAAGCCUCCUUGUUUUCUUCAUGGCUAUAUGCGGAAUGUGUUAUGGCUUCUUGGUAUCAGUUCUCUGUACAUCACACACAGUAGCCAAUUAUAUUACCACUGGAAGUUUUUAUCCAGUGAUUUUGUUGUGCGGUUGUAUCUGGCCGAUUGAAGGAAUGCCCAAUUUCUUGCAGUGGAUCAGCAUCAUUAUGCCAACGACCAUUCCCGGUCAGGCUGCCAGGAAUAUUAUUGAUAAAGGAUAUGAAAUUGGUAACCCACAAGUUUACCAAGGAUUCCUAGUUGUUACAGGCUGGAUUAUUAUUCUUGUUCUUUUGUGCUUCCUCGGAAUGCGCACAAAUAAAUCGUAGGUGUUAUUCUGUAAAAUUUUUUAUCAAUUAAUUGAAUUUAACUUCUAGUCAGUGCCCGAAGGAAGUGUUGUACAUUAAUUUAUUUAUAAAUCUAUUAUUUAAAUGGUAAGAAUAAAACAUAAGGAAAUUAUAUUCAAUUAA